CUAGGUUACUAGGCCUAUCUGGGAUGCUAAAUAAUAAAUAUGGAAGUUGACAUUAUUAUCAAGUUUGGUGGAAGUGCUAUAACAGACAAAAAUAUCUUUGAAACCAUAAAAAGCCAUGAACUCUCAAUCGCAGCUCAAUGUAUCAAAACCUGCACAGAUCAUGGACUUAAAUGCAUUGUUGUUCAUGGUGCUGGGUCGUUUGGUCAUCAUCAAGCAAAACAAUACGAAGUUAACACAGGACUAACUGAUUUAAAAACAAAAGAAGACAGUUCUUUAAAAGUUAGGGGCUAUUGUUUGACUAGACAGUCAGUUACUAAGCUCAAUCAAAUGGUUGUUGACAGCUUGUUGCAAUCUGGAGUACCUGCAGUAGCAUGUUCGCCAGGCAGCUCCUGGAUAACAAGUAACAGAGAACCGUUGCACAGCCCAUGUGAAGUUAUAGCUGGGUUUGUGAAUACAGGCCUAGUCCCUGUUUUACAUGGAGACUGCAGUCUGGAUGAUAAAUUAGGCUGUUGUAUUCUUAGUGGUGACACAGUCAUCAAGACAUUAUGUUCCAAAUUGGCAGUUAAAAAAGUAAUAUUUUUGACAGAUGUUGCUGGUAUAUAUGACAGACCACCAGAUCAACCAGGUGCUGUGUUAAUAAAAAGCAUAAAAGUGAAUCCUAAUGGUGAAAUAUCAUCAAGUAUUGCUGCUUCACAAAGUGCUCAUGAUGUAACUGGUGGAAUUUUGCUCAAGCUUAAAACUGCCAUUAACAUUAUUGUUCAAACUGAAGGAAAGUGCUGUGUUUAUAUCAUGGGCAUCAAUUCUGCUGAUGUUAAAGAGGUUUGUUUAGCCUCUGGAAAUAGCUGUGACCACUGGCUUGUUACAAAAAUAUCCAGCAGCAUAUGCUUAUAGCCAAUGAAUUUCAUUUUUCUGACACAGUUUAAAGUAUUCCGGCCAGGAUGGCCAGGGUAAACCCAUCUGUCUUAUGGGAGAGCUGCAAGAUGAUUCAUGUUAAUGGUAUGCACCAGUUAGAGUGAACGAUACUUGUGGGAGGACACAUAAUUGUAAUAUUAAUUUGUACUCUUUCUUGGUAAUUAAUUGAUAAAACCAAGGAUGGGAUGGAUAUUCUACAGAUUGUGAUCCUGACACUGCAAUUACACUUACAACAUGUGUACUAUACACAUCUAGAAAACAAAAACUUUAUCAUAAAAUC